ACCUGAGACUGAGCCUGAGGAGGCCCCAGAGGGACUAGGCCUCAGGACCCAGCCCCCUCCCCCAGAGAGAGACUAGGCCUCAGGACCCAGCCCCUCCCCCAGAGAGGGACUAGGCCUCAGGACCCACCCCCUCCCCAGAGAGAGACUAAGCCUCAGGACCCAGCCCCUCCCCCAGAGGGACUAGGCCUCAGGACCCAAACCCUCCCCCAGAGGGACUAGGCCUCAGGACCCAGCCCCCUCCCCCAGAGAGGGACUAGGCUUCAGGACCCAGCCCCCUCCCCCAGAGGGACUAGGCCUCAGGACACAGCCCCCUCCCUCAGACAGGGACUAGGCCUCAGGACCCACCCCCCCUCCCCCAGAGAGAGACUAGGCCUCAGGACCCAAACACUCCCCCAGAGGGACUAGGCCUCAGGACCCAGCCCCCUCCCCCAGAGAGGGACUAGGCUUCAGGACCCAGCCCCCUCCCCCAGAGGGAUUAGGCCUCAGGACACAGCCCCCUCCCUCAGACAGGGACUAGGCCUCAGGACCCAGCCCCUCCCCCAGAGGGACUAGGCUUCAGGACCCAGCCCCCUCCCCCAGAGGGACUAGGCCUCAGGACACAGCCCCCUCCCUCAGACAGGGACUAGGCCUCAGGACCCAGCCCCUCCCCCAGAGGGACUAGGCUUCAGGACCCAGCCCCCUCCCCCAGAGGGACUAGGCCUCAGGACACAGCCCCCUCCCUCAGACAGGGACUAGGCCUCAGGGCACGAGGUCCUCUGAGCUGAAGCAAGGCUUGGUGCUGGUUGGUUUCUGAAGUUGGAGGGUGUCUCAGUUAUAACCAGGCCUUUUCUUUCUGCUUGGUACUGGGUGCUGUGGGCAGACUGGCUGAUGGAGCGAGCUGAGAACCAGGACCAGACUGGACGGGGAGUGGCCAGGCGCCGACGCCAAGGUGGGGCCAGCCAGGAUCCUGAUAUCCGAUUGUCCAAAACCCUCUCCUACAUCCUGCGGCAUGGAGCGGCUGAACUGGGAUUGGUGAUGGGAAAAGAUGGUUUCGUGGAGGUGGAGGAGAUUCUGCGCAGCCCCCAGUGUCGGCGUUACACACAGCAGGACGUUCAGAGAGUGGUUCAGAACAACUCCAAACAACGCUUCACACUGCGCUGCAACUCCCAGACAGGAACACUCCAGAUCCGGGCCAACCAGGGACACAGUGUGCAGGUCGAGGAGCUGGAGCUGAUUCCGAUCUCGGAGGCUGCUGGGAAUGUUCCGGAACAGGCUGUUCAUGGCACCUACCGGUGCCACUGGGACUCGAUCAGGGUGGAGGGUCUGCGCUGUAUGUCCCGAAGGCAUAUCCACCUGGCCCCUGGUCUUCCUGGGGAGGGGGGAGUGGUCAGCGGUAUACGCAGUAACUGUGAGCUGGCCAUCUUCAUCCAGCUGAGAAAGGCCAUCCAAGAUGGAAUCCCCUUUUAUCUCUCCACCAAUCGGGUGAUUUUAACGCCAGGGAAUGAGAAUGGGGUUUUACCUCCAAAAUAUUUCCAGAGAGUUCUGCAGCUGAAACCAUCCCGUGAGUGUCCCAAGGGCGACUGUGACAUUAAACAGCAUGACAGGCUCGUUCAGUCCACCAUCACCUUCAGUGCCAGGGGGUGA